AUGGUGAAGGUUGCAGUAGCCCGCAGCAACAACAACAGAAUCACCCUCGAAUUGUUGACAGCGCGUGUCUGCACGCGAAAGGUAUUGGCGUUGCACACGGACGGGGCAAUACGCUACAAGAGUGUGAUUCCUUGUGCAGCCUCAUUGGCCCGCAGUGCCUACUUGCACUACGGCAAUCACGUUGAUCUCCUCAGAGACACAUCUCGCUGGGAGACUUGCCGUGACGGUAACCUGCAUGCAGGCGACCCUACCAUCUACAAUCCGGCUUUGCAAACAACUGCAAAACACAAAUGGGCAAUGAAAUACAACAGUCAGCUGAUGAAGCGUUUGCGAGCCCACGACAAGGACAGAUUGCGACUGAAAGACAGUGUUCUCUCGUUGGUGCUGCCUGGCCCGGCAUCACAGGUUGAUGCUGAGGACGGUGACAAUCCAGCAUCAGAGGUUUGGAUCUGUUGUGGAGUCACACGAUCGCAGACCAUGAUGCUGAACCUUGAUUCGGGAAAGUUCAUGCUGUCGGUUGCCCUGAUUGCGUCCCUGUACAACCAUGUGGAAUCGGCUGGGAAAAACAUCAAGCUCAAGCUGCACACACAGGUGCUGAAGCCAUCAGGGGGGAUGUUGAGGCAGCGCAACGAAGCCAGCUUGUUGUGUGAACUUCGGGGGCGUUACAAGCGUGAAGCUGUGUCUCGGGAUGCAGCAGGUGUACUUGCAGAUGGGGAUGGUGAAGAGGAGGACAUGUCUGGGGAAGAUGAUGAAGAAGUUCGACAGGUGGGUGACCUACAGAACAUGAGCAAGGAUGAUGAGUUCAAAAUGCUCAUGGGUUGGGAAGAUGAACUUUCCAACGAUGAUUGCGAACCAGGUAAUGUCGAUGACACAUGCCUCGACGUAUGCAGCGAAGAUGAACACAUGUCUGAGGUAGAGUCUCUUAAUGUCAAGAUGGCGAUCUCAGCAGCCAACCAACAACCUGAGGCGGACUUUGAAGCUUGCACGGAUCGUAUUGCUGAGGAUUGCGACUGCUUGAAGAGUACAAGUUUCUCGACACUGUCGCCAGUGGAAGCAGAAACCGAAGCAUACCUACAAGAAAUACUGCUGAGUAGGCACCAUAUGCAUGCUGAGCAGGGUGACGAUGCACCAGUGCCAACAUCAAGUGCACCACCAAAGGAUGCUGUGUCCGACCGCCGUCAUGAUUCCUUCAGACCUCUGUUCAAACCAGCGGCUUCAGCUGUGGAUGAUUUCAGAGCAGCGUGGAGACAGUGUUUUCAAGAUGCGUGUAAAGCUUUGCAGCACAUGCAUGAGAACUCGAAGCGACAGCCGGGGGACAAUGGUAGCUUGGAUGCAAUCUUGUGCUGCUAA